AUGCUAGUGAGGGAGCUUAUUGUAAACACCCCUACUGAGUGUGAUGAAAAUAAAAGCAAGGAAUUUAGAAAAGUUUUUGUGAGAGGAAAAUGUGUGGAAUUUUCACCUAAUGUGAAUAAUAGGUACGUGGGCAGAUUUGAAGAUGAACAACCUGAGAUAGAGGUGACUGACAACCAGGUUUGCAAAGAAAUUACUGCAAAACAAGUUAUACAAUGGCCUAGAAAAGGAAAGCUGCCAACUGGAAAGUUAAGUGUAAAGUAUGCAAUCCUUCAUAGGCUUGGUGUUGCUAACUGGGUUCCUACAAACCAUACAUCAACCAUUGCCAUUGGAUUAGGGAAGUUCAUCUAUGUAGUUGGUACUAAGACCAACUUUGAUUUUGGAAAUUAUGUUUUUGAACAAACAUUGAAGCAUGCUGGUACUUGUGUAAUGAAGAUGGCCAUUGCAUUUACUUCACUUAUAUGUGGAAUCAUUCUAAGUCAACACCCAAGUAUCCUGAAUAGUGUUGAUGUUGCUAGCAAGAGGGAAUCUCCUCUUUCUCUUCACUACAGGUUGUUUGUAGGGAUACACGUCCUAGAUAUUGUCUUGACAUCUAGCAAAGAGUCUUCCAGUUCAACCUCUAAGGUUGGUCUGGUUGCUAAAUUAAAGGACAUCUGCAAAGCUUUGGAUGAUACUAUCAAGACCUUCACUAAAAGGAAUAUCAAGCUUGAAAGAUUGGUCAAAUAUUUGGCUGAAGAGAGCCCCGAUGAGAACGUGGCUGGUGAUGUUGAAGAAGGAGAUAAGGAAGAAGAGGAUAUUGUUGUUGGUGCUACCUUUGCAGAUGAAUCAUAUGUUUCUGCUGACAUCUGA